GGGUGGUUCAGCAGAGAGCUGGGGGCCAGGCGCCUGCCAGAACCAAAGCUAUAAAGGCAAAGAGGGGCAAGGGACUGCAUCUGACACAGAUGCUGCAAGGUCCUGCCUCACCUCCCACAAGCCUUGGGAUAAGGAGAAGAUGCUGGGGUUCCACUCGUGGCCUUGCUCGCUUUUACUCCUCUUAGUUCUGCUCUCUGCCAGCGUUCAGACUGUGUCCUUAUCAGGACAGAGGCUACAGAUACUCCUUUCCCAGUUGCUGCCCCUGGAGCCCGAGUCCACAGUGGCUGAAGAGGACACGAAGGAGGGGUCCAGUUUUGGCCCUCAGUUGCUCUCCUCCACGCUCCCCUUCCUCCCAUCUGGGGCUAGAGCUGCCCGUCCCUCCCUGUGGCGCAAGACGCUCGCCAGUCGCAAGUGGGCACUGCCUCGAGACUGGGCCUGGAAGGCCGUGCCCAGGGGCUGCUUUGGAUUGAAACUGGACCGGAUUGGGACCUUCAGUGGUUUGGGGUGUUAGCCUUGGAGGGGGCUCUGAGCCCGAGGAGACCCAGGCGCCCAGAGGCAGCGCCGUCAUGGGAACCAGCGCAGCCCUGUAACACCUGCCCUGAAGGAGAGCGGCAGCGGCAUCAGGAGAAGCUGCCCGGUUCCACGGCUGCUUCCUCCCUCCUCUCCGUGCUCGAGGACUCUUGCUCAUUAAACAGAGCUGUAUUAACCUCUGCUUCCAUGCUCAUCAGCAGCACCGCUGCCUGAGGCCGUGGUUGCCCGUG